CUUCGACAAUCACUUUCCUCUCAAAACUCUCUCAACUUCAUAGAAUUCCAACAACUAAUUAUGGAUUUCUUUCACACCCAAAACCUCAAAUACCCAACCAAACGCAACAAACAAAGGCUAAACCAAGAACAAGUAAGCCUCCUAGAGAGAAGUUUCAUCUCUAACAACAAACUUGAGCCUGAGCGCAAACUUCAGCUAGCAAACCAACUCGGUGUACCGCCAAGACAGGUUGCUAUUUGGUACCAAAACAAGCGUGCCCGGUGGAAGACCCAAAACCUCGAGCUCGACUACAACGAGCUCCAACAAAAGCUAGAAAAUGCAUUGGUUGAAAAGAGGCGGGUCGAGAAGGAAGUGGAGCGGCUUAAAGGAGAGUUGGAGAAAGCUAAAGAAAUGGUUUGUUCUUUGAAGCAAACAGUCGACCCUCAGGUUUCUUGUAAUUCUAUUUCGUUUGAUCAUGAGGCAGCAAGGAGCUCUAGUUUGCAUGCGGCCGAUGUAAAUUUCUCUAUAGGGAAUAAUGGUGAGUUUUUGCCACUUAAUGAGGACUUCUAUGCUUGUUUCAUUGGUGUAAAUGGGUCAAGUUGGGAAUAAUUAGUGGGUGGAGAAGGAAUGUUUAUGGAUAUUUAGUUUCAAAAUAAUGUUACUUUUUGGGUAUGUUUGAACUUGAUUCGUGUUAUUUAAUUAGACUUUUUUAUGCGGAUUAUGAAAAAAUUGUGGUGUCGAUCAUGUCUUAACAUUUCUAUUUGGUUAAUUGA